UCUAACCUGUCAAGUCAAUAUGUCAAACAAAAUGGCUGCGGUAUAAUUUAUUUAUGAUAUACCUAGGAGAAAAAAUUUAUUUGUCUAUUUUUCAACAAAUAAAUAAUUGGAGCCACUCUCUUUCUCCUAAUCCUUGUUGUUUCAAGAUCAACUAUGGCUGAUAGUGUUCAAAUAUUAAGACGCAAUCGUCCUGGCUCGAAAGCCAAGGACUUUUGUCGAUGGCCCGACGAACCAUUUGAAGAAAUGGAUAGUACUUUGGCUGUUCCUCAAUUUAUUCAACAAACUAUUCGACGUGAUCCAUCCAACUUGGAAGCCAUUCUGAAAAUGCCUGAAGCACAGGACGAGGGUGUAUGGAAAUACGAACAUUUACGUCAAUUUUGUAUGGAAUUAAAUGGCCUUGCAGUCAGAUUACAAAGUGAGUGCAAACCAGAAACUUGUACUCAAAUGACAGCUACAGAACAAUGGAUUUUCUUAUGUGCAGCUCAUAAGACUCCUAAAGAAUGUCCUGCUAUUGACUACACUAGACACACUCUCGAUGGUGCUGCUUGUUUACUUAACAGUAACAAGUACUUUCCUAGCAGAGUGAGCAUCAAAGAAUCUUCAGUUGCAAAGUUGGGCUCUGUAUGCCGAAGAGUUUACAGAAUAUUCUCCCAUGCAUAUUUCCAUCACCGUGCAAUAUUUGAUUCCUUCGAAAAGGAAACUCAUUUAUGCAAAAGAUUUACCUAUUUUGUGACAAAAUACUCUAUUAUAUCAAAAGAAAUUUUGAUUUUACCAAAACUUGAUGACGAAACACCACUGGCUCAGCCUGUUGGUGAAUCAGAAGCCUGAGGGUUAAAGAAGUAAUUUAUUUUAUAAAUAUCUUUUGUUUGUAUUCAUGGCAUUUAUUUAAAUUUCACUUGUAUUAAGUAUCAAUAAAACAAUCAGAAUGUCUAAUUCCAGAGUUUUGAUCAUGGAUCUGAUGUUUUAAAGUAGAAAUAUUUUUAAUUAAUUAAUGUGUAAUGUAAGCAUAAACUUACAAUAUAAAUUAAAAUGUCUGCAUUGUAAUGUAGUGGAUUGUAGGUCACAUCAUUUAUUGUAACCAUUAUUCAUUAGAGUAACUGAACAUGUGUGUAUCCAUAAGUUAUGUGUCUUCAAUAUUAUCUAUUACAGACAUUGUAAUAUAGUUCUUUAAAUUUCAGAGUGAUUAAAUUGAGGAAUUACAGCAAAAUCUAUAUUCCAAUCAA